AUGUGUUUUCAAAGCAUCUCGAUUGAGACACAACACGCUUCUGUGAAGAGAGAAAAGAGUCAGGCAACACAGCCUCCUCAUGCAUCUGGACAUGUCGUACUGGAUGCACCAGCUACAACUUCAUCUUCCGGUGUUCCUCCUGCUACUCCCACUACUUCGGCCUCCCACAACAGACUGGAUUCCCCAGUCCAUCCUUCUCCACCCCCAUCCUCUCGUAGACGCACCUCUCCACCUACAUCAUUUGAGGCGGGAGAGACCUCUGGUUCCAAGGCGACACUAGAGGCACGGUCUCAACCUCAGCCAAAACCUUCAUCCCAACCUCUAUCACAGACGAUAGCCUGCAUCUGCGAGCACCUGAUUUUUGGAGGAGGACUGUCUGAUUUAUCCCUUUUUCCUCUUUACCCUGACCAUGACCGUGAUACACUCAAGGUCAUUAGCCAGAGGCGGAAAAUCAGUAAACUGGUACCACCAAUUGAGCCAUGGUUUGAUGAGCUUUUAUUGCUUUCAAGGUUGAAAGAUUUGGCAAGUGUGGAUACACCAUUGUCAACUGGGGUAUGUAUGAUAAACGUUUCCGUCGAGAGGUGGCACCAUGAGAUGUUGUCUUUUCACAUGCCACAUGGUGAGAUGACGAUCACACUCGACGACAUCGUGUGUAUGUUGCAUCUUCUGAUCAAUGGGAGAUUCUUGGAUCAUGAGAGGAUCAUGAAGGAUGAGGCUUUGGAUAUGUUGGUUGAGAUGUUGGGAGUUACCCCUGAGAAUGCCAUGGGAGAGAUUGACAAAGUCCGAGGUAGUCACACCAGGUACAAUUAUGUAGCUCGGGUGUUUGAGGGUGAGGUACGACAUGACAAGAGGCUGAUGGUUAUGUCGAGCAGACGGUCUACCAAUGGAAUUGGGGGGGCUGCUUGCAUGGUAUACAUGUAUACGAAGUUGGAUGAAGGGAUUAAGUGGAAUACGAAACAGAUAACCGACAGCAUGUCACUCAUGACGGGAUUGAUCAUACAACACUUCCCCCGCGUCUCGGGUUGGUCACUUGCAGAGGGCUACACUGAAGCUAAGUCGCAUGCCUGGAUUCGCAAGACGGCUGCCUAUAUACCUGAGUGGGUGAUGCGUCAGUUCAGGUUCACCCAGACUAUUCCUCAGGAUCCUACUGUAGUUGCUCCUCCGACGGUGGGACUAAGGGAUAUGAAUGGCUUUUUUGAUGAUUUUGAGAAUCAUUUUGUUCCAGAGGAGGCAAGAAGUACUGUGGCUACAUCCGACUGGAGCUAUAAGCACAGUUACAUGUUAUGGUUCUUCCAGGUGUCCCAUCCAUACAUGAUAUAUGAUGUUCCAGGGAACCCACCGAGGCCAGUUCAUCAUGAGAUCCUAGAGGAGAAGCAGGUUAGGACCGAUCAUGCGACUAACAUGUUGCCAACGUGUCGUCGUAUCAUGGAGCUUGCGUGGGAUGGUAUUGAUACAGGUUUGUUUCCUGAUGGAUCUAAUGUUAGAGGUGUUUUGGAUGCCAUCAUGGCGGAGGCCCAGGAUGCUAUGUUUUACAGGAGGCAGCGGAGGAACGCCUUGAGGGUGACAGGUCGACUCAUCAUCCCCCAUACCUAG